AUGAGUAUCCACAAGGAGGUUUCCAUGAUCCGAAAUACGAGUAAAUGCCAUUGCGGUUGGCAGCGUCUCGAGUACUGGCCCAAGACAAACACCUACGAGUUAUCACUCGUUGUGCAGGUUAAGAAGGACAGCCAUGACGGUAGCAGAAGUGCUGACCGGUUUGUCCUUGCUCGACGAAUCCAACGACGUCGUUCACACCGACGAACCUACACUUUUGAGGACAUGCCUGAGAUUGAGGAUUCCAACUGGAGAUGUCAGAUUACUUGUUCGGCCUACCUGCUCUAUCCACAGGCAUUGGAUAUGAAGCAGCUAGUGUCAAAUAUUAGGAAAUGCUCUAUCAUACCAGAGGUAAGUAUGAUUUUGUAGUAUCUAUCGUAUGACACAUUUAAACAUCAUCUUUGAGCUGAAUUUGAUCACUAGUUCUUUUGUUGGCGACUGCACGCGACUAUGUAGAUUUUGGCAGACCUGCAGCCUGAAUAAAUUACCUUAGUGUUUUAUUUUUGGCCGCUUUUGUUUGUAUACUUCUAGCCUUUGGCCUGCAUUUUAUUUAUUUUAAUGCCUCAACUACCGGAUUGAUAUUGACACUUAUAAACCUCUCAGCAGAAUUGUGAUUGUGUCAUAAUCAGAAUUGUCUUUAUAUGGAGGUUAUGUGCUGCCUUUAGAAUAUCUUGUGCGCAACAGGUUAUAUACAAAACAGGCCUGAUGGUAGUGGCGUUGACAAACUUAAUUAUCGAAAGAUCAUGUAUAUGUGAUAGAGGGUUUAAUAAUAUGCAGAACUUGAUAAUGCGCAUCCUCUGCAAUAAUAUUCACAAAUCAGAAACGAAUUAAUCACAAGACCUGUAUACGUAAAUUACAAAACCCAAUUAAGUUACAUUAAAACAAAAACAGCGUACAAUAAUUAAGUGCUGAUAAUUGCAAUAUCGGAAUUAAAUAGUUCUUGGAAUUAUGUCCAGUCACAACCCAAAACGCUGUUUUGUAUGGAGAGGUUAUGAAUUAUAUCUUCUACAAUGAGUAGUGCAACCUUCAAUAGUGUCAACCCUGUUGUACGAAAUGCAUCGAAGUCUACGUUUCAAUGGUCGAUUCAAAUGGCUUAUUGUUAGCCUCCAUCAUUGACCGUUAAAAACCGUAUAUAUAAAGCUGCCUCUGUUGUCAGAGGUGGACAACUUUUAAUUAAUGGGUCUCAAAUUCGAGCCCCAGAACUUUGAGGAUUUGGGGGUUGAAUAUGAGUGGCUGACAACGAUUAAACAGUCACAAAUGGCCAUCCCAGACUGCAUUGUCUUUCUCAGUAAUAACAUUCUGCCUAUGUAUAUCUUUCCUCAGGACCGAUACGUCGGCUAACCGGACCAAGCAAACUUCCCAUGGGUGAUACAGUUUACGUGUGGGAAAAUAUAUGUCAACAUCUUAGUGCUGAACUACAUUAUCUGGUGGCUCUAUAAACUUGAAUGGCAGCCAACAUUUACUUCAGGCUCUUUCGAUCGUAAAAUGAUGAUUAAAUGUCUCAUACAGUGCCAGUGAUCAUUCGAUUCUGACUUUUUAGCAAUUGCAAUAAAGUAAAUAAGCAUUUGGGUUACAUACGCAUAUAUAUCCACAUAAGCGAAAAUUCGAUGUCCAGAUAAAUUAUCGCGCUUAUCAUCCCCAAACAGCUGACCGCGAUUCACACAUGAAACGGCAGCUAAUCAGCCCAUCGGGCUUUAGAGGAAGGGCCCAUUGGCACAUGGACCUAUUAACGAAAACGACGGCCGGGCAGGGGACAAAUGUGACGCGGGCGUACCACUGGUCGGCCACGGAGAGACCAAAAGCAAGUAGGCAGGUCAGAGUUUAUGCAUCAGGCAUGAACAUAAAACGAGACAUGCAGGGACGCAGAACAAUGCUGACCUAGCAGUAACAAACACCCCACCUAUCUGAUGAUGUGAAAAGCAUUUUUCCGAAACGUCGGCACAAGUACACUGUGGUCCAUGGAAUCGCCUCUUCUUCAUCCUCUUAUCUGUCUUCUCUUGGGGGGGGGGGGUGAUGAAGGCGAUAAUUAACCUGGACCUCGAAUUUUUGCUUAUAUGGAUAUAUAUGCAUAUGUAAGCCAAAGGCUUUUAUAUACUUUUCUCAUGCUUUAAUGGGAUUGCUGAUGCCUCACAAGCGAAUGUCUAACACUGUUUGAGACAUUUAAUCGUCAUUUAAUGACCGGGAAAGCAUGAAGUAAAAGUGGGAUGACAUUCUCGUUUAUAGAAUCAUCAGAUAAUGUAUUUCAGCAUCAUGAUGUUGACAUCUGCUUUCCCACAUGCGACCCUAAAUCAGUGAACUAUAUUUUCCGUUUAUUUUAAUGAUUGAAAGGAUUGGAUGUGCUCCCUGACAUAAGGGAUACGAUGAAACCACGGAUAAAGGCUAUCGAUUUAGCCAUUUCGAGGAAAAUUUACUAUUUAGAUAAUUAAAGCUAAAGCACUCGUUCAUUAAAUUGUCUCCCAUUUCAUAUUACCCAAUUUUUCUUGUCAGGCUCCCAUAUUCAAUCAGACAAUCAGAUUUCUAAAUGUCAGCUCGACCGUCUGCAUGCCAGAAAAAGCGACCGAAAAGCCACUAUAUGCCAUUGUGAUAGUGAAGUCCGCUGUCUACAAUUUCGCAGAUCGAGAUCGCAUACGGAGGGUUUAUGCUAAAGAAACCCAGCACGAACCUCAAUUUCACAUAGCCAUGGUCUUCUCCGUGGGACUACCCCGCAGCAGCGGAGGUCGGUUCUUCCAGCGUGAUGGUUUCAACAUCUCACUGCCACACCGGGCAGGUAGGACCAUGGAGAAAAUGCAAACAAAGACAGCAGAAGUUCUGAGAAAUCUAACAGAAGAAGCUCGAGUGAACGGCGACCUCGUACUGGGUGACUACGAAGACACUUACUAUAACCUCAGCCUCAAAUUAUUCCACACCUUCCAAUGGGCCUCUUUUUUCUGUCGUCGACAUUUCACUUCCCAAAAACGAUAUCCUGUCUUCACAUUCUUAGAUGAUGAUUUUGCUUUCAGUGCGAGCCUACUGAAGGCUGAAUUGGACUCCCUCACUGACGCGCACAUUCGUCGAGUGACUUGGGGCUUGCCACCAUAUGACACAGAUGUUUAUCUUCAUUUGCAUUCAAUGGGGUACGAAAAGUGGUCUGUUUCAAAGCGCGAAGUGCCCUGGCCAUACCACGCACCUUUCGCCCUCGGCAACUUUUAUGUCAUGGGCGCUGACGUUCUCCAGGAAAUCGCACUAACCAUGUACUUCAACCGACAGUUUCCCCUAGACGAUGCCUGGUUAGGCCUGGUCAUGACGAAGCUGGAUCUCUAUUUUCAGUCUCGUCCUCACAUGUACAUUAAAGUUCCGAAGGGUGUAAGAAAGGAGUUGGUUCUGUUUGCACCCCUCAACUACCUCUUUCCCUCACAGUAA